AUUUAUAUACUUGCUCUCGUUAUUCGCCGAUCGCCAUUAACAACAGUCAACAGAUAAUAAGAAGAUACAGGAAACCCUAGGAAUGACCGAACGAUCCAUCUCCAUUUCUCCUCGUCGACGAAGAGACAAUCCCUGAGAGAGAGAGAGGGAAGGCCGACUAGGGUUAGGAUUUUUAUCGAGAUCGGGGAACGGCGGUGGAGCUUUGGCGGCGUUGAGGAGGAGUUGGAUGGUGAUGGGAGCCGCGGGCUCCAAGCUUGAGAAGGCUCUGGGGGACCAGUUCCCCGAAGGCGAGCGCUACUUCGGCCUCGAGAACUUCGGCAACACUUGCUAUUGCAACAGCGUCCUCCAGGCACUUUAUUUUUGUCUCCCUUUCCGAGAGCAACUACUGGAGUAUUAUGCAAAUUACAAAACUGGGGGUGAAGCAGAAGAUAAUCUUUUGACAUGUCUGGCUGAUCUAUUCACCCAGAUUAGCUCCCAGAAGAAGAAAACUGGUGUAAUUGCUCCAAAGCGUUUUGUGCAAAGAGUGAAGAAACAAAAUGAGAUUUUCCGCAGCUACAUGCACCAGGAUGCUCAUGAAUUUUUAAAUUUCUUGUUGAAUGAGCUUGUUGACAUUCUGGAGAAAGAGUCUAAUGCUGCAAAAACGUCCCCUGAUACCUCAUCAUCAUCAGAAAAUAUUGCAAAUGGGCCUAGCCAUCCUCAAGCCAAUGGUGUUCAAAAAGAGCCAGUUUCCACAUGGGUGCACAAAUGUUUUCAGGGCAUUCUGACUAAUGAAACAAGAUGCUUACGGUGUGAAACUGUCACUGCAAGGGAUGAAACUUUUUUUGACCUCAGUCUUGACAUUGAGCAAAAUAGUUCAAUCACAAGCUGCCUCAAAAAUUUCAGCUCAACAGAGACUUUAAAUGCUGAGGAUAAGUUCUUCUGUGACAAAUGUUGCAGCUUGCAAGAAGCCCAGAAGAGGAUGAAGAUAAAGAAGCCACCAAACAUUCUAGUGAUCCAUCUCAAGCGCUUCAAGUACAUCGAGCACCUUAGCCGGCACAAGAAGCUAUCAUACCGUGUUGUGUUUCCUCUGGAGCUGAAGCUUAGCAACACCAUUGACAAUGCAGACUGCGAGUACUCUCUCUUUGCAGUUGUGGUGCAUGUUGGAAGUGGGCCUAACCAUGGCCACUAUGUUAGUCUCGUCAAAAGUCAUAACCAUUGGUUGUUCUUUGAUGAUGAAAAUGUAGAGAUGAUUGAUGAGUCCAUUAUACAGACUUUCUUUGGGUCCACACAGGAGUACUCGAGCAACACUGACCAUGGGUACAUCUUGUUCUAUGAGAGGCUAGGUGGAAGGAGUUGAAGGCUUUACAAAUUUUUCAGUUGUGAGAAUUAUACUGAUCAUUUCUUCUCGAUGUAUCAAAUAUUUUUCCUCCCUCCGGGAAGAGCUCACAGGAAACUUUAUGCUGGAGUGAGAGGAUGCAACAUCAGAGGUGGUUAUGUAUAGUGGAUGGUGACCCAUCAUCAUGUUCUUUUCAUAAUAAAGAGUGUAAAUCAAUUUCGAGGGUUUCGGUGAGGGCAAAGGGAUUUCUGUGUCCUUCGCUGCUGGAUAUUUAAUAUAGCAAAAUGCAGUUCCUCAAACAAGCUCUCUGGGAGGCUUGUUUGAAGUUUUUUUUUUUUUCUGAAAGCAGGAUUCUAGAACUGCUCAUUCUUUUGAUCCUUUAAUUAAUUUGAGAUACUAAUUUGUAAUAAUGGAAGGAACGACCUUCAAUGUACUUCUCUAAUCUUAACCUCAAAACAUGCAUUUUUUUUUGAGUUGCCAA